AUGAAAUACGAAAAUAAUACUACUCGUUGUUGCUGUUGUAUUUCAUUAGAAAGAGGUGUUAAAUAUAUAACAAUCUUAACUUUGUUUACAACAGCAUAUGCUGUUUUCAAGAGUAUAUCAUCAUUACAAAGCUAUGAUUAUCGUGAUAUAGUGCUUGUGUAUUUAGUCAUAAACUCCCUAUUCCUUCUAGCACUUAUUUUUGGACUUUUUGUUUGUUGUUGCGCGAAAACAGCAUAUCUUCUAAGAGCUUAUUCUACUCUUUAUAAUAUUUUUACAGUUGUUGAAGUUUUAUAUACUAUUGUUGUAAUAAUUAUUCUUAUUUUAGAUAAAGAAAAUAUUAUAGAAAGUUGUAGAAUUGGUAUAAUAUCAAGUAAUCAUUCUUACAUAGAUCCGAUAAGUACUUGUAAUAGUCUAUAUAAUCAAGUUCAGAUAAUAACGAUCGUUGCUUAUGCAUUGUCUACUCUUAUUGUGAUUCAUUUUGCCAUGGUUAUUUCUGCUUACGCUGCACGAUGUAGAGAUAAUGAAAAAAGAUUACAACCCGUCACCUGA